AUGCCUGACAUCAUGGAUGGAUGGACGCAAAAGCCCUGGAGCGUGACGGAAGAAAUGUGGAAGCGGAAGGCCAAGGGUCUGGAAGACCAGUACCAACGUCUGCUAUCCGACCACCAGGACUUGCGUCUGGAAAAGGCCAAGAUGAUGGGCGAGCUGCGAGUUCUUCAGCGCUACAAGGAGACUGCCGAAGACACCAUCACCCGUGAAGUCGCCAGUCGAAAGAUUGAGCACAAAGACAAAGUGUCGGCCACUACGAAGCUGGAACAGUACAUCAAAAAGUAUGAGCGCGAAUGUGAACGAGCAUUUGCGCUAGAACGCGAGAACGCCUUCCUCAUGGAACAGGUCUCCAACAUUAAAGGGGAAACCGAGAAGCGCUUGGAUUUGCUGAAGGAGUUGGAGGACUCGCAAAAGCGCAACGCUCGACAGAAGGAAAAGCUUCGAGAGAUGGAAGUUGUGGGCAUCGAGCACGAGAACACCAUCCUUGAGCUGAAGGAAAAGAACCAGAAGCUCAAGCGGAAGCUGUCUGCUGCUGAGGAAGAUGCCGCUGACAAAGCAGAAGAGGCGAAGAAUCUUGCUGUCCGACUAGCGGCUGUUGAAUCUGCGUGGGAAGCAGCUCGUGGCCAAAACAAGACUGCUUUGCACGAGCUCAAAAAGAAGUACUCGCUUUCAAAGGAACUUGAAAAUGUGAAAUCUGAAACCAAGCAAGCAAGCUAUCGCAUCCACGCUUUGGAUGUGGAAGUUGAGAAUGCUCAGAGUAAGCUGCGACAAAAGGACCGCACAAUUGAGGAGCUUCGUGAGAAGAACGCACUGCUCAAGAAAGAGAUCACGCGUCUCAGUGCACACAUGGAGGACCUCUCUGCUAGUCUCGCUGCUACUCGUGAAGUCAUCGAAGAAAAGGACUCCGAGAUCGAGUGCAAGACUGAGCAGCUCCGCAACAAGAAGACCGAAGUCAAGACACUCGAACGUAUCGACGACUCAUCGAAGGAGCGUAUUGAAGACCUCGUGUGCCAAGUGAGCGAGCUACAGCAGCAGCUGCUUGACACGCAGAAGGAGUAUCUCCGCAAGGUGAAGAAGGACGAGCUCACGCGAGAGAAGCAGCGCGCGCGUGACCGAGCUGAAAUCUCCAAGGAGCUGGAGACGAUGCACAAGCCGCGCCGGUGCAAGAACUGCAACGAGACGUUCACCAACAAGUCCAACACGUCUCUCUCGUGCUCGUUCCACCCGGGCCGCUUCGUGGCGCGCAAGUACCCCCUCGAAGGCUACCAGUGGAGUUGCUGCCAGAAGCGCGAGCUAUCUUCAAGACCCUGCAAAUUCGCUGGCCGACACAUCGAGUCCAAGUUGCUGGACUGA